ACUAGCAUGACUACUUUUAGUGAAGAUCUUAAAGAUUUUAAAAAAUAAGGACAAUACUCAUAUUCACCAACUACCUCUAUGAUAAGUGAGAUAACGGUGAGAAUUUUUAUUUGGCUGUUGAAUUACAUAGUUUGUUUGGCUCGUUUAGUGAUUGGCGUUUGCUUAAGCCAAUAGUAACAGAGAAUAUAGCAUGACCGCGAGACAUCCAACCAAUGGGGUGUCCGUGGGCGGGGCUACACGCCCAGCUAACGUAAGCGUUGUUAGUAGGAAGAAGAAGCCGAUUCUGGAAGCCAUUACGUUGCGCACAUCAAUUGAGUAAAUCCUACUAAUUUUGCGUACAAUACGCACAAUUACCUCUCCAAAAGAGGAAUUUCUGCAAUUAUGGCAUCGGUCGCGAAAAAGAGAAAAAUGAAUUUCUCGGAGAGAGAGGUGGAAAUUAUUGUGGAAGAAAUAGAGAAACAAAAGCACACACUGGUUAACCACUUCAAUGCUGGAGUCACCCACAUGGCAAAGAAUAACGCCUGGGUGGAUAUCCUGAAAAAGGUGAACGCUGUCACCACCUGUCCCAGAGAGUUGCCCGAGGUGAAAAAGAAGUGGUCUGACAUGAAGACGGAGGUUCGGCGGAAAGUGGCACAGGCGCGGGCUGCUAUAGAGGGGACCUCUUCUGAAUGCACUCCAGUUCCCGUCAUCCUCACUGCUAUGCAGCAGAGGAUCUGUAACCUCCUGGGGGAGGCCACCAUCAUCAGCUUACCUGCAGGAGACUCGGAUGCUGAGAUAACUUUACCUGUUACAGUGAACGCCGCCACCACCGUCACACUAGCAGAGACUGAAACAACUUACCACACCCUGGAGGACGGAGGCGUGGUGGAGUACUGCACCACCACUGUAAGCGACUCCACUCCCACUGUGGUGGCGGCCGUUGAGGCUCCAGUGGAAAUGCUGGCCUCAUCCUCAGCUUCCCCGCCUCCGCCUCAGGGUCAGGCCAAACCUCAGGAGCUGAAGAGCCGCAUCGCCCUCAACUCAGCCCGCCUGCUGCAGGAGCAGAGAGUCACCAACGUCCACAUCCGACAGAUUGCCCAGCACCUGGAGGGCCAGAAUGAGCUGUUGCAGAUGAUGCGGCGCUCCCAGGAGGCUCAGGCAUUCGCCCAGGAAAGACAGGCCUUGGCGCUGGAAGGUACCCAGGCUGCCCUGCUAGCAUUAGUGCAGAUGCUCAGGCCUGCUCUCAAAGACCUGCGCAAAUUCUUGCAGAGUGGGACUGAGGUUGUAAACCCCAGCAGCUCAGCAGCAGGAGCGACAGCUGAUGGGGCAGGAAUAGAGGAGCAGAGCAGGCCCAAAACCCCUCCACCUACUCCACAGCAAGCCGAGGAGACGCAGUAGACGCUGUGUGUGUGGCACUGCCUCCUGUCUGCACAGAGAACAAUGAAAAGCUUGUCAAAAGUUGCCUUAGGAAGAGCAUGUACAGAAUUUUACUUAUGUUUUAUGAAUUUGGAAAACCAGUCACAGAAGCAUUGAAAAAGUUAUGUUGAGAACAUUAUUUUACCGUCUGCCAUUAAUUAGCAGUGAGUUUAUGUUAUUUAAUACAUUGGAUUUGAUGUUGAAAUGAUGUUUUUAAUGCAAAGAUGCAGGAGGUCAUGAUGUGGGCCGAACAUUUAAUUCUUAGUUUCUUCAAGUCAUCCUGCAGUUGACCCUAAAUGAAGAAUAAGUCUUGUUUUUAAGACCAGUCAGCUGGGGUCCUCAGUUAGUGUGCACCAUGUAUUCAGAACUGAAUAAAAUUUGGAGAAAAUGCCUGUUUUUUCCUACAGGGUGCAUCA